CUCCUCUUUAUCCUUCUUCAUUCACACAUAACACUCACCUCUUCCUUUAAAAAAAAAAACAGAUGAACUAAAACCACCAAACUCACAAAACCAGAAAAAAAAACUUCCAUUUUCUCUCUCCUCCAUGAAAAUUCAGUCCAACCGCUUCACCUUUUCUCUGAGAAAUAAUGGCAGGAUAUUCGUGUGAGUUUGAACAUUGAUUUUCUUUUUGUGUUUUUUAUUUCAUUUUUUUUUCCAAAUUAAGGAAAGAAAACCCUAAAAAAAAGUGAGUUUACUUAGCAGAGUUUACAAGUUAUUCCAUGCUUUACCUCGCAAAUCACAAGGUGAUGAAGUUGAACAAUUUCUAGGGUAUAAUUUAAGCUUAAUCUUUCUCGGAUUCCGUGAAUUAUAAACCAAAAUUUUUGUUUUGUUUAUCGCUUUUUUCUUUGGAGAUGCGAGAAAUGGCGAUGAAGCGCGAUUUGAAGAUUAUCUACAUCGAUUGAAAUUCGCGAUUAAAAAAUUAAAUUCGAGCUGAAAAUUCGUGUUUUUUGGGAGGUUAAAAUGACAAAAAUGGAGUUCCGAGGAAUUGAUAACUGUGACAAAACUUCAUCAGAGUUAGUGUAGUACAGCGACAUAGAGGAGAGUAGAAGAGGAGAGAGAGAGAAAGUGAGAGACUGCUCAGACUGGUUGUGGCUUUGAUUAUGCCUUUGACGAUGAAGAUUCAGCCUAUUGACGCCGGCAUCGGCGAAAUUCCGGCGACUGAGCCAGCAAAGCCGCCGAUGGUGAAGUCAAGGCUUAAACGGCUCUUCAGGAUCUCUGUCUCUGAGCCGACGGUUCCAUUACCAGUGGCUUCAUCCGAGCUUUUCGAGCCGAGCUCAGUUUGUUUAGCUAAGAUGGUCCAGAAUUUCAUAGAGGAGAACAACGAGAAACCCUCGCAAUCCUCUGCGAUGAGGUGCGGGAGAAACCGGUGUAACUGCUUUAACGGAAACGGAAGCGACGGUUCCGAUGUCGAAUCGGACAACACUGUUUCCUCGGCCGAUGUCUGUGAUUUUCUCAAGAGUUUGGUGGUGUGUGCAAGUGUGAAUGAGAAGACUGUGUUGGCAGAUACAACAAAGAUAAUCUCGGAGAAGAAGACAUGCAAGAGAAAAAAUGAGCUCAGGAAGAUUGUUAUUGAAGGUUUAAUGGCUAGUGGUUAUGAUGCUGCAAUUUGCAAAUCUAAAUGGGAGAAAUCCCCUACUUAUCCUGCUGGGGAAUAUGAGUAUGUGGAUGUGAUUGUGGGAGGAGAGAGACUGAUAAUCGACAUAGACUUCAGGUCUGAAUUCGAGGUUGCAAGAUCAACCAAGACCUACAAAUCAAUCCUUCAAACACUCCCUCACAUCUUUGUAGGGAAAUCCGAUCGUCUUGCCAAGAUCAUUUGUAUUCUCUCUGAAGCAGCCAAACAAAGCCUUAAGAAGAAGGGUAUGCACAUCCCUCCUUGGAGAAAAGCUGAUUAUGUUCAAGCCAAGUGGCUCUCUCCACCCACCCGAAUCUCCACCAUCACCACCACCACUGCCACUGUUACUGCCACUCCGCCACCGAGCCCACUCUCCCCAAUGACCUUUAUAAUCAACUCCGACGGGCCGAGCCCGAAUAAGGGUGCAGGGUCUGAUCAACACCAGGCUGAUGAGUCAGAGCUGAGCCGAAGCUCGCCACCAUCGGAGUCUGUGUUCGAGAUGUCCGAAAGCUCCGGCGAGGAGGAUGUCAAGGAGAAUAGGAAUAACAACAAUAAGAACAAUAAUAAUAAUAGCAAUAAUCCCAAGAAAACCCCUGAAGUUGAGGUUGAGGUUGAGGUUGAGGUUGAGGUUAAAGUAAUCAAUGGCUUAGCUUCUAUCAUGGAGGAGAAACCAUAGAGAUGAAGAACAAGAAAGAAGAAGAAAUUUUGAUCCUUUUUUUGUUUGUUUAUUCCCCAAUUUUUCUUUUUUUUUUUUGGGAGGGAGUUAAUUUUUGGUAAUUACUACUACUAAGAAGCAAAAAAAGUUAAUAGAGGGUAUUAUUAUGUUAACUACUACUUACUACAUCUAGCUACUACUACUACUAGUCUAUUACUACUACUACUUCUAUGAUCAAGAGAUUUGCAUGGGUGGGUGGUAGCUUUUAGACCUCUAGCUCUCUCUUCCUUUCUAUCCCUUCUGGUUUUUUGUUGUAAGGGUUACAUUCUACUAUCUACUGAUAUCAAUAAUAUACAAGAAGCAGAAAAAUAUAUUGUUACAUAGUA